CUGCAAAUUUCUCUGCUGCUAUGGAAACCAGAGACGGCGUGUGGUUGAUGCCUUGUGCUUUGUUCCUCAUCUUGUCGCUCGUUUCCCAACCAUCUAUGGCAGCGGAUUCCAUCUCUGUAAAUGAGACCAUCUCUGGAGACAAAACUAUUGUUUCUUCUGGAGAGGUGUUCAGGCUUGGUUUCUUCCGCCCAGGUAAAGCUACUUCUUCCAAGCAUUACAUUGGCAUCUGGUAUAACAAAAUCUCUGUACAGACAGUAGUUUGGGUUGCAAACAGAGAUGCACCCAUUUCCGAUCCAUCUGCUUCUGCCUUGAAAUUCUCAAAUGGUAAUUUAGUUCUCUUGAACGAGUCUAGAAUCCCAGUUUGGUCCGCCAAUAUAAGUUCUACGCCGUUGGGAUCUUUACGAGCUACGAUUCAAGAUGAUGGGAAUUUUGUGCUGAAGAAUGGUCCUAAUUCGUCUAAACCCUUGUGGCAAAGUUUUGAUUUUCCAACUGAUACGUGGCUUCCUGGGAGUAAGCUUGGACGUAAUGAUACUACUAAACAGACCCAAAGUCUGACCGCCUGGAAGAACCCAGAGGAUCCUGGAUCGGGCCUCUUCUCUCUGGAGCUUGAUCCUAAAGGAACCAGCGCGUAUUUCAUUAUGUGGAACAGAACUAGACAGUAUUGGAGCAGUGGACCUUGGGUUGACAACAUGUUUAGCUUGGUUCCUGAGAUGAGGCUCAAUUACAUAUAUAAUUUCAGCUUUGUAACAGCCAAUAACGAAAGCUAUUUCACUUACUCCAUGUAUAACGCUUCUGUCAUAUCCCGGUUUGUGAUGGAUGUGUCUGGGCAGGCAAAGCAAUUCACAUGGCUAGAGAGCUCAAAGCAGUGGAAUCUGUUCUGGGGUCAACCAAGGCAGCAGUGUGAAGUCUAUGCUCUUUGUGGAGCAUUUGGCAGCUGCACCGAGAACUCCUCACCCAUAUGUAGUUGUGUGACUGGGUUCGAGCCAAAGUCGAGUCUUGAAUGGGAUUUGAAAGAAUAUUCUGGUGGGUGUAGACGAAAAACUAAACUGGCAUGCGAGAAUCCGGUUCCUAGUGGUGGUGCGGACAGGUUCUUACUGGAGCCUUAUAUGAAGCUGCCUGAUCCUUCACAGUCUAUGGCAGUUGCAAAUGAUAGAGACUGUGAAUCAUUAUGCUUACGAAAUUGCUCUUGUACUGCUUAUUCAUAUGAGAAUCGUCGAUGUGAAAUUUGGAGCGGAGAUCUCUUGGAUAUGCGGAAACAGUCACCAAGUGAUCCGGGUACGAGAUCACUGUAUCUCAGGCUUGCAGCUUCUGAGUUUUCAAGUAGAAAGAGGAACACAGGAAUGAUCGUUGGUAUUGUUGUUGGGUCAGCUGCUGUUUUAGCAACUGUGCUGGCUGUACUCUUUCUUCUGAGGAGGAGGAGGAGAAUUGUAGGAAAAGGGAAAACGGUGGAGGGUUCAUUGGUGGCUUUUGAGUACAGAGAUUUGCAGAAUGCAACAAAGAAUUUCUCUCAUAAACUUGGGGGAGGAGGCUUUGGUUCUGUCUUUAAAGGGUCUCUGGCUGAUUCAACGAUUGUGGCAGUGAAGAAGUUAGAGAGUGUUAGCCAAGGAGAGAAGCAAUUCAGGACAGAAGUCAGCACAAUCGGGACAAUACAGCAUGUUAACUUGAUUCGGCUUCGUGGGUUUUGCUCAGAAGGCAGUAAAAAACUGUUGGUAUAUGAUUACAUGCCUAAUGGUUCUCUAGAUGCUCAUCUUUUCCAUGACAAGGUUUUGGACUGGAAAACAAGAUACCAAAUUGCUCUUGGGACUGCAAGAGGGUUGGCUUAUCUGCACGAGAAGUGCCGUGAAUGCAUAGUACAUUGUGACAUCAAGCCUGAAAACAUUCUCUUGGAUGCUCAAUUUUGUCCCAAAGUGGCUGACUUCGGCCUGGCCAAGCUGUUUGGACGAGAGUUCAGCAGAGUCCUGACAACCAUGAGAGGCACACGAGGCUAUCUAGCGCCCGAGUGGAUCUCGGGGGUGGCAAUAACAGCUAAAGCCGACGUUUUCAGCUAUGGGAUGAUGCUUUUCGAGUUCGUGUCGGGAAGAAGGAACUCGGAGCAAUCUGAAGACGGAACAAUCAAGUUUUUCCCAAGUUUGGUUGCAAACACAAUAUCUGAAGAAGGAGACGUCCUUAGCUUGUUGGACUCAAAGCUACAAGGAAAUGCUGAUGUAGAAGAGCUGAAGAAGCUGUGUAAUGUAGCCUGUUGGUGCAUCCAAGACGAAGAAGUCCAGAGACCAUCAAUGAGUAAUAUUGUCCAAAUUCUUGAAGGCGUUUUGGAAGUAAACAGACCGCCGAUGCCGAGAUCCCUACUCGCAUUUAACGACAGCCACGAGCAUCUCGUCUUCUUCACUGAAUCGUCUUCGUCAUCGUCUUCAAACCGGAAUUCCAAGACCAGCUCGUCGACUUCAUCAUCUCAGGCCAAAAGCAGCACAUCCACAACGAGCUCCAAUGCGGCCUGAAGUUUGCUGAAUUUCAAGGCGUUGCUCUUGCACACUCUUUUCAUCCAAUUCAGUAUAUAUUCUGUCUCUUUGAUUCCCCUUUUAACGUCCUACUCUAUGAGGGAUUUUCAUUUGCAUUUCCAGUAAGAUAACCAUAUAAUAUAUGUCCUCAAGUCUUUGUUUUUUUUUU